CAAAAACUUUUGCAUUGCCACACCCCCAAAAAAUUAUAGGGUUUUCAAGCCCUUUUAGAAAAAUUUGGCGAAAGUGCGCAUUGAUCCAGGAUCUCUAAGCCGCCUUUACAAUUCUUUAAUCUGGAGAAUUGAAGACGACCUCGCGAUAGACGAUCAAGUUUCAUUCCAUUAACACAGCCCUUGAUCGCAAUCAGUCACAAUGGCGAUCAAGCACAACAACCAGAUUCAGCACAACCAUUUCCGAAAGGAUUGGCAACGCCGGGUGCGAACCCACUUCGAUCAGCCUACCAAGAAGAUCCACCGUCGCUCUGUACGACGUGCUAAGGCUGCUGCCGUCGCCCCCCGACCCGUCGACAAGCUACGACCCGUCGUCCGAUGCCCGACUAUUAAGUACAACCGUCGCGUUCGUGCCGGACGUGGCUUCACCCUUGAUGAGCUCAAGGAAGCCGGUAUCCCCCGUCUCGUAGCCCCCACCAUCGGUAUCGCCGUCGAUUUCCGCCGCCAGAACCUCAGCGAGGAGUCCCUCUCCGCUAAUGUUGCCCGCCUAAAGGCCUACAAGGCCCGAUUGAUCGUCUUCCCCCGCAAGGGUGCCAAGCACCCCAAGGCUGGUGACAGCAAGGACACCGACCUCAGCAACACCCAGACCGUCUCUACCUUGGGCUCAGCUCUGCCCAUCGUUCCCUUCGCCGAGGCUGUUACCGAGAUCAAGAAGAGUGAUAUGCCCAAGCAGAUCGAGGGUGGUGCCUACGCGAAGCUUCGCAAGGUCCGAAGCGACGCGAGAUACCAAGGCAUACGGGAGAAGCGCGCUAAGGAUAAGGCCGAGGCUGAGGCCAACAAGAAAUAGACGGACAGCCGAAUCCCAGACGGGUUUGCACGGGAGUACGGACGGCAUUCUUAGGGUUCUGCUUUCGAUGUGUUGUUGGUCGGUCAUGGUGGGUUGGCUUGCGGCAAGUGUGUCCCCAGUGAGAGAAGAGAUUAUGAUCCUCCUCUCCGUCACACACAAAAGGCCGAAGCAAUAUUGCAUCUUCCGGUUUACUCUUUAGGUCGUUUCUCAAUGGAAAAAUAAAUGGACAUGAUCUGAGGUGUCCCUUUGUAAUCGACGUGAUAUG